AUGACGGAUACCCGCCGCCGAGUCAAAGUUUAUACUCUUAACGAGGACAGACAAUGGGACGACCGCGGCACGGGACACGUCUCCUCUGGUUAUGUGGAGAGGCUGAAAGGCAUGUCUCUGCUGGUGCGAGCGGAGAGCGAUGGUGAGUCAGGUAUAAGUAUUGUUACUACUCUAAUACUCACAACCAUUGAUUGAAACUCUUUGUUCUGAUCAUUUCAUGAAUCAUUAUGUUGUUGAUAACACCUAACUAGCUAGCAGUAAACAAACUAACGUUUAUAUAGUUUUUGUGGACAUUUAGGAUAGUUUUGUGUACUAUUAUGAAGACUGUCAAAAAAGGAGCCUUUAUCUAGUGAGUGGGUGGUCCACUAAGUCCUUGAGGUCAUAUACAAGGCACUAACCCUGAAUCCCCAUAAUGUGCACUGAAAGACCAAAAAACAUAGCUAGAUGGGAUCAUGGAAUGUCCCCCAUCUCUUUCCUCCACAGUUGUAUUGAGCCAGCCCGCUGUUGUAAACAUUGCUCAGUCCAAGAAGUCUGUCAUCGCCUUGCACUUGUGCCUUGUUGAAAACAAUUGUGAACUCUGAGAAAUACGAUGUAAAAUCAUGAAGUCAGUGAUCUUCAGGGUGGAAAGUCGGAGCUCUAGAAAAAGGCCUGAGUUCCCGAGUUGGGAUUCCAAGUUGGAUGACUGUUCAAAUCGAGUGUUCCCAGUGGGAACUCGUUUUUUCUGAGGUCUCAGUUGUUUUGAAUGCGGCAUUACAUAACCACACUGUCCUCACAGCCUCCCAAAGAGGCGCCGAGAUACACAACUCCCAAUUUAGUGCCUCUACUGUCCUGUUACAGCAGUAAGCUGCCUCCGCUUUCAAAGUCUUUGUGCAAACUGCGAAACCGGAUGUUCGUUGUUAGUGUAAUAACUUACUGUGUUUUUUCUCAUCCCACAGGUUCCCUACUGCUCGAGUCAAAAAUCAACCCAAACACAGCCUACCAGAAACAACAGGUCAGUCACUUGCUUGAUGAAGACACUUGAAUGUUAGCAUAAUGUGGUCUAUGACCUGGGCUGUGUUCAUUGGGCACCAAACGGAAGAAACCGGACUGAAACUGGGAUUAUUUUCCCGGACCUGGUCCCGUAAGAAAUGUCUGUUUUGCGUUUUCAGACACUGCAUGCCCUAAUGAACACGUGACUAGUGUUUUUUUCCCUUCAGGACACGUUGAUAGUGUGGUCGGAGGCUGAGAACUAUGACCUGGCCCUCAGCUUCCAGGAAAAGGCCGGCUGCGAUGAGAUCUGGGAGAAAAUCUGUCAGGUUGGUAACUUAUAUUCCUGUGUGUGUUUGUUUGUGUGUAAAUUAAGUGUAUUUAUAAGUUCAAGGUGAAACAUGCUCAACUCUGUCUUGUGCCUAGAAGCCCCAAAUCCCCAAAUAAUGAAGUAAAAUAGGUUAGCUCUCACUUGACAAAGUGACAGCAGAUACUUUGAUUUUGAAAAUCAAAGUAUGGUUUAAAAGUAGGAUCAUGCUUGUUCUUGUUUAACUAAUUUCUUCAUGCAUUGUGUUUUGGCUCGUGUCUCUCUGUUCUCUCUCCCCCAUGUUGUGUUGUUAUAACUCAUUGGUUUGUGCAUGUGAUUUUUGACUUCUCUGUCUGUCUCCCUGUCUUCACCAUCUCCACCAGGUCCAGGGCAAGGACCCAUCAGUGGACAUCACACAAGAGCUGGUGGACGAGUCGGAGGAGGAGCGCUUUGACGACAUGUCCUCCCCAGGCCUCGAGCUCCCUCCCUGCGAGCUGGGCCACCUUGAGGAGCUCGCCGAACUCGUUGCCUCCUCCCUCCCCUCCCCCUUACGCCGCGAGAAACUCGCCCUGGCCGUGGAGAAUGAGGGCUACAUCCGCAAGCUCCUGGAGCUCUUCCGCCAGUGCGAGGACCUGGAGAACGCUGACGGCCUCCACCACCUCUACGAGAUCGUCAAGGGCAUCUUCCUGCUGAACCGCACGGCCCUCUUCGAGGUCAUGUUCUCUGAGGAGUGCAUCAUGGAUGUGAUUGGCUGCCUGGAGCACGACCCUGCGCUGGGGGGGUUGCCGCGGCGCCACCGUGACUUCCUCACCAAGACGGCGCGCUUUAAGGAGGUCAUCCCCAUCGGUGACCCCGAGCUGCGGGCCAAGAUCCACCAGACGUACCGCGUGCAGUACAUCCAGGACAUGGUGCUGCCCACACCGUCGGUGUUCGAGGAGAACAUGCUCUCCACACUGCACUCGUUCAUCUUCUUCAACAAGGUGGAGAUUGUGGGUAUGCUGCAGGUGAGGUCUGGGGCGUAGGGAACGCACACAUAGUAGAAUACACAUGCAAGUAGGGUUGGGUGGUAUCCAGAUUUUCAUUCUGUUCCUGUACCGUACUGGGGUAUAUGUUAUCACCGUCAGUGUACACAAGGGGCGCUGUUUCUUUCCAAAUGUGUUUGUGUAGAGCCAUCUGUGGAAACGGAAGAGUGUUUGGUAAAUGAGUUACGCCACAGAUAGAACAAUGAGCCAGAUGUUUCACUGGAUGUAUAAAUCUGAAGCAUCCGGUUGGCAUUUCCACUCACCACCAAAUAUGGUGAUGAGAGGAAGCCCAGUGGCCGGCAGUGGGAGAAGAUGGAGCAAGAUGAAUUUUUCCGAUAUUCUGCUAAUUUUCUCAUCAAUGAAACAUUUGAUCUCAAUACAGUUUUCUGUUCCCAAAACUAGAAUCUGUUACGAACAAAGUGGACUACGUUUUGUAGACUUUUAAAGUUUUACAAAAUGUGCGUUGUUUAGAAGUGCAAGGGCCAAUUGAGUUAUUGCACUUGCACACUUCAGAGUAGGCGUUCCUUAACGGAAAUAUGCAAAUACAAGCUAGACUGCGCCAAUAGGAUCUCGCUAGCUCGUGCUUGGCUCUGCCCACCACCUUGCUUGUUCUUCUCACUGAUUAAUUUGCUCCCAUUGGAAACGACUGGUGGUGGUCUAUCUUGGGUUACUUAUAAAAAAUAUUUGGUUACGCUGCGUGAUGGAAACCGACACAUAGACGGGUUGGUUGUUUUGCAACAAAACCGAUGUGUGCGCAACUAUGGGGCAAAACAGACUGGGUUGGUUCAGAUUGUUGACAACAUGUAAACCAGUUGUCACCAACCACUGGUUUACCAACCAAGUCAAGAUCACUUUCUGAGUCAAAAUGCAAGCCGAGAUCUACCGCUCAAAACAUGAAUUAAAAACAUAAGCCUAUGCAACAUUAACCAAUUAAAAACAGUUCUGUAGCAAUGAGGUUUGUGCAGUAGGCUAUAGGCCCAAUACAUUACUGCAUAUUGGGUAUGCUUGAAUUGGCCUGCCAAUGUUCUUCUCAGACCAUUUUGAAAUAAUAUUUAAAAAAUGUUGGUAUAUGAUCACACUGUUAAUAGAUAAUUUGUUGUAUUACUUGUGAGGCACAACUAAGUAAACAUAAUGAUUAGCUUUUUUUUUUUACUGGACUGAUGGCCUGCAUCUGAUGGUCAGUCUAAGAGGAGGAAGGGAAGGAGCAGCGUUGAGGCUGCCUCUCACCAGACUCACCGUCCCUCCGCUGAGCAAAGGCACUUUCAAAGGGGACACAGUCUUCCAGCUGAUCACAAAACUCAAGUCGCACUGCAUUAUUUCUGCCUCAUGCACCAAUUCAUGUUACUCCUAUGACCAGAGAAAGUGAAAUAUUCCUCGAUAUUAAAAAAGACAAGCUGGUAAUAAAAACAACGCAAGCUUUAUCGGAACACUUUGCUAUACUCAUUAAUUGCAGCUGCAGUGCUGGUUGUAGCAUGUGGAAGUAGGGAGAAGGUGCAUUUUAUGCCUUAUGAAAGUGUCGACAGUGCUGAAUAAUAACUUAAACAUGAAUUUACAAAUAAAAACAGCAGCUCUUUGCUGUAUUCGUUGAGUCUCUCUAGUCAUGGUUUUAAAGGUUUUUAAAUAUCACAGUGUCAACUUUGCUGUGCAUCCAAGGCUUCUUUUUACAGUCUAUGGCUUGAGGAAAAACUGCAGACACGGUUAUCUGAUUGGCCAGCGGUAGGCCUAUAGGUCCACUUGAUUUUCUACCUUCAGACACAUAACAUUGUUAAAAAUGGGAACACUUUGCCUUCCCGUGCAAGGGCUGCUAAUCAAGUACACCUACCGCCAACUACGAAGAAAAAAAAUAAGGAACGCAAGGCUUUAUCGUUGAGGAUUAUAACAGAAAUGUUUGGUGAUCGACUAGGAAUGCCUUAGAGAUCGACCUGUUGGUGACCACUGAUAUAAACUAUCUUUUGUCUCCAAUGUUUACUGAAAAUAUUAAUGCACUAAACAAAAAUAUAAACGGAACAUGUAAAGUGUUGGUCCCAUGUUUCAUGAGCUGAAAUAAAAGAUCCGAGAAAUAUUCCAUUUGCACAAAAAGCUUAUUUCUCUCAAUUUCUGUACCGUUUUUGCAUCCCUGUUAGUGAGCAUUUCUCCUUUGCCAAAAUAAUCCAUCCACCUGACAGGUGUGGCAUAUUAACAAGCUGCUUAAACCGCAUGGUCGUUACACAGGUGCACCUUGUGUUGGGGACAAUAAAAUACCACUCUAAUGUGCAGUUUUGUCACACAACACAAUGCCACAGAUGUCUCAAGUUUUGAGGGAGUGCGCAAUUGGCAUGCUGACUGCAGGAAUGUCCACCAGAGCUGUUGCAAGAUAAUUGAAUGUUAAUUUCUCUACCAUAAGCCACCUCCAACGUCGUUUCAGAGAAUUUGGCAGUAUGUCCAACCGGCCUCACAGCCGCAGACAAUAUGUAUCCAGCAACUUCGCACAGCCAUUGAAGAGGAGUGGGACAACAUUCCACAUGCCACAAUCAACAGCCUGAUCAAUUCUAUGUGAAGAUGUCUUGCUACAUGAGGAAAAUGGUGGUCACACCAGAUACUGACUGGUUUUCUGAUUUAAAAAAAAAGGUAUCUGUGACCAACAGAUGCAUAUCUGUAUUCCCAGCUGUGAAAUCCAUAUAUUAGAACCUAAUGAAUUUAUUUCAAUUGACUGAUUUCCUUAUAUGAACUGUAACUCUGUAAAAUCUUUGAAAUUGUUGCAUGUUGCGUUUAUAUUUUUGUUCAGUAUACGUUUGCACAAUGGGUGCUUGUCUCUUAAAUAAAUUGUUACAGUUGUUGGUUAGCUAGCUAGUGUUUUUUUUGCCAUAUUAGCAUUGCCAUAAUCAGUCAAAACACCUCAAAGUAAGAACAAGAUACAACUAGCUGAAACGAGCCACCGACGAUUACCCACAUGGCAGCUUCUUGUAAUUUUGGCUAGCCAUCUGACAAUUCAGAAUCAUAACAAAGCACGGCUUCUGGCCCCAUGGAUGUGCGUACAUAAUUUUCGUGACGUUGUCAGCCAAUCCGUCUAUGGGUCGUGUUCAUCAGAAACCAAAUGGAAGAAAACUGACUGAAGCAGGAAGACCCCAGCUGGGCAUGUCCAAUAAGAAAAACUCAGUUUUCCGCUGUGUGCCUUAAUUAACAAGACCCUGGUUAACACGAUACAGGUACACACUAUGUGAAGGUCUGACUGAAAGGAAACAUGGUAAAACUGUUGUCAUAACGACUUCUCAUAAAGGUCCUUUAUCUAGAGGCUACUGUUUUGAAUGUCCUCUCACGGCUCUGACCUGGCCAGUCUGUCACCUGCAAGUCAGGGUUGUGUUCAGAAGGCACAAAAAGCAAAACAUUUUCCAAUGGAAAAUUCAUGAGCGUUCUGAUUGAACAAGGACAGGUAGUACCUCCUGUUUCAAAAUGUUUUCUCCUGUUUCGUGCCUACUGAAACAACCCUAGAGUCGGGAAUGGUGGGACAGCUAAACAUCAGUAGACCAACUGCCAAAAUGUCUGAAAUUGAACGCUAUAGUGCAGUGACACAAGCGACAGCUAGAAAUUGCCUUCAUAGGCACAUCUCUAGGAUCAGCUUAGUGUCCAUGAGCAACUUUAUCCCGUUAUUCUCCAUCUCAUCUUUCAUGUUCUCUUCUUUUUUCUCUCCUCCCUCGGUCAGGACGAUGAGAAGUUCCUGACUGACCUCUUUGCACAGCUCACAGAUGAGGCUACAGACGAUGACAAGAGACACGAACUGGUACGCCAACUGACAGCAGCACAAACACAACUGUUGUUUGUUUACCUGACCAACACUACAAAUAUCACCACCUUCCUUACACCCUGUAUUCUUUCAUUUUUAUAUGUUUAUUAGACCUAUGUUUCUAGGGAUGUAACGAUUCACCCGAUACGCGUCGGUCCACAGUUCAAAUGUGUAUCGGUCUGCGGGAGCCCAAUCCCGAUUCAAACGUAAAGAAUCGCCGGUCAAGUAAUGGUUUUUACUUGUUUUAUUCCAAAAAUACCUCUUAUCUCUUGUGACUGAAUUGAUGCGUCCUCUCCUUCAGUUCAUUAGCCUAUCAAAGUUUUAUGCAUGUAACAGCAUACGACUGUCAGAUAACAACUGUGCGCACGCCACACAGUGCGGGAGACAGCUGCUCACCCCAACGAGAGGUAGGCCUAUCCCUGUUCUAGGCUAUUCGUACGUCUCCGUGGCACCUUCAGCAUUGAUGCUUGUAAAAUGGCUUUUGCAUUGUCAAAUCAUAGGCUUUAUUAGUUGAGUGACAACCAAUGUAAUUUGCUGAGUCAUUGUUACCAUUACCAAAUGCGCUGUAGAAAAAGUUUUUUUUCCCAGGGUUGUGUAGCCUACCGGAGUGGACGCAACUCACAUCCAACUGCUGAUUGGGGUUUUCAAUCAUUAAGAUUUAGAUUGUUCAGGUUCACCAUAAGAAGUAGUUUUGUUUGUUCUGCUUUAAACAGUGUAUUUGGUCAUUUCAUAAAGGACAUCAAUAAUUUCUAUGAGCUGUGCAUGGUCACAUUCAUUGGUCAGACCGGGUUAAAGACGGGAUAAAAUCCAAAGUUGCAUUAUAUUAAUUGGUUACAUUUCUAAAGAUAAAUAUGGACAUAGUACUAGCUCUCAAAAUGUUUCAUCUGCAGAAAUGUUAAGUUAAUCAGUGGGUGAUGGUGAUUUCAGAUAAAAACAAAAAAAAGUGGGGUGGUAUAUCUGAUAGUGGGGUGGUAGAUGCUCAGCCUGCCCUAUGGCUCAGCUCAAGGUGCCUACACACACGCACACUGAGGGCCACGCAGCUUAAGCCGAAAGUACACUACACACUUUUGUCCCUGAUUUAGCUGUGCCAGACACGUUUUUUGAGAUCGGAUACAAAUUCCCCAAGUCGUUGCCAACUCGGGACACGCGGCUGUCACUGACACUUGUUUAAUGUGAUCGGGUCAGAGACGCAAUCAGAGGGCUACCGAUCUUGUCUUUCAGCAGUCCCAGACGUCCCGAUAUUUUCAAACCUGUUUGAUUUUAUCUGCACAAAAUCUGCAAUGUUCUUGGGUUGCACAUCUCACACUACAUGUUUUGAGAACGGUGAUCAGCAAUAGCCAAUGAGAGCUCGCCAGAGAAGAAGCCAGUUGACGUUGUUUCGCAUUACCCAGAAUGUGUAGACUCGAGCAGGAGUGAUGACUAGUAGUGCUUUUGUACUUGCCUUUAACCAAAGCCAAAGUGUCAAAUUUGCAAUGUUAUUCAAUUCAAAAUGUUGCCUACAAAUUUCAACUCUAUGUCAAGCGUGAAUGUCUGACUGAAAACCUUUUUUGAGGCUGCUUUGAGCCACAGCCUGUUUUAGCCACGUUAACAAUCGAAUCACAUCACGUUAUUGUUUUCACGAGACAGUGUGGUGGUAUGGAGAAUCUUCACGACCAAGUGAAGAGUUGUAGUGUUUGACACCCCGUCUGUCCCAGAGGGGUUAGUGUGCACACCACUACGUUGGCAAGACAAGAAACUACAGGAAUGACGGUCGUUUAAUGUGAGAGGCUCAGCGAUGUUAGGAUUUUGAAAGUCGUGUAGUGUACACCCGGCAUUAGAGAAGUCAUCUCAGACAGAUCCAGCUGCUGAUCUCCCAUCAGCAGCAGAUAUUCAUUUCAAAUGGAAAAAAGAAUGGGUUCAUGCAAAAAGCAUUUGUUUCCAACCAAAUCGCAUCAAUUUGUUCCCCUAAUCAAACCGAAUCGUUUAAAAGUAAAACGUAUCGUUCCUGUAUCGUAGCCCAUGUAUCUAGAUGCGUAUCGAAUUGUUCAUGAAAGGAGAGAUGCACAUACUUAUGUUUCCUGGUCCUGGGGAUGCAGCACAUUGUUUGUUUUGCCCUAGCACUCACACACUUCAUUCAAAUAAUCAACUCAUCAUUAAGCCUUUAGUUAAGGGGUGUCAAACGCAUUCCAUGGAGAGUUUGCAGGUUUUCCCUUGUACUUGAUCGAUCAUUUAAGGUGAUUGAUUAGUUAGGAACUCCCGUCACCUGGUUGUCUAGGUCUUAAUUGGACAUGAAUUGAAAGGAAAUAACAAAUACCAGCAGACACUCGGACAUCCAUGGAUUGAGUUUGAAACCUCUGCUUUAGUUGAGUUGGGUGGUCCUCUGUAGCUCAGCUGGUAGAGCACGGCGCUUGUAACGCCAAGGUAGUGGGUUCGAUCCCCGGGACCACCCAUACACAAAAAUGUAUGCACGCAUGACUGUAAGUCGCUUUGGAUAAAAGCGUCUGCUAAAUGGCAUAUUAUUAUUAUUAUUAUUAUUAUUGAAUCAGCUGUGUUAGUGCUAGGGCGAAAACAAAAAUGUCCGCCCCCAGAACUGGGAUUGGGAGAGACUGCAUUAGACAACAAACAUAAAAACACACAUAGCAAACGAGACAUGCAAAUGAAAUAAUUGAGGAUGAUGCCAAAACGUCUUACUUAGGCUGGUCCUAGUAAGUUAGUCAUUGGCUAACACAAAGCAUUGUUUUCCCCACAGGUAAACUUCCUUAAGGAGUUCUGCGCCUUCUCACAAACAUUACAACCUCAAAACAGAGACACCUUCUUCAAGACUCUGUCGAACAUGGGCAUUCUCCCUGCACUAGAGGUUAUACUGGUGAGUGCCCACACACACAAGCCCUAGCCCCUACCUCAUAACCCCUAGGCACUUGUGUAAAUUCCACCUCGUCAAUUUGAGGGCAAGGUGGACCAUAUUGCUUAUACCUAUUACCUACACAGUUCUUUCAGAUCUACAUUGAUGGAAUAUUAUACUCAUAAAUUCAGACUGCUUUGUAUUUCUUAGCUGUCUUUUACAGUGUUAUUCUACUCUGUUCUGAUCCUUCAUAUUCGAUUCCAUUGUCUUCUGUGACUGUCGUGAAUGUUGUGUGUGUGCGCGUGCCAUCAGGGGAUGGAUGAUGUGCAGGUGCGUGGCGCAGCCACCGAUAUCUUCUCCUAUCUGGUGGAGUACAACCCCUCUAUGGUACGAGAGUUUAUCAUGCAGGAGUCCCAGCAGAACGACGAC